AAUGAGACCAGGGGGCGGAGAGAUCACCCUCUUGUCCCUAAGGUUGGUAUAUACCAGAGGAUCCAAUCCGGUUUAAGCUGGUUUCUUGUGCCGAAGGAACAUUUAUGUUCGGAAGUUACAGCGUGUUCUCACGAAACAUAUGCAGUGAAGGAAAUUGUGCACACUCAGUAGGAUAGCUCACUGUUACUGAAUUUAUAGUUACUUAAGGCUACAUUGUUCUUGAUCUGUAGACUUUACGCGCAAAGCCAUCAUGGGAAAAAGGAGCAAACAAGCUGUUAGCGAUGCUGAAAACGAGCCAAGGAGACGAUCUGCAAGAUUGACUAAGCCAGAGCCAGAGCCUAAAGAAAAGCCACAGAAGGCAUCUGCCAAGAAGGCAAAAGCAGUAACUAAGGCCAAGCCAGAGGUGGCGAAGGAGAAGGAGGAGAAGAAGAAGAAGAAGGAGGUUGAGGUGGAGGAGGAUGUAGCUGAAGCAGAAGAGGCUUCGCCCGAGAAUGGGGAGGACAAAGCGGACGCAGAGGAGGCUCCAGCAGAGGAAACGGAAGAAGCAGCAGAAGAUGCAGAGGCUGAGGAUAAAGAAGAAGAAGAAGCAGAAUAACGCUAAACUCAUUCAUAAGCUCUCCUGAAGCUCCUGAACCUCCUUUCUUAAAUAACACAGAGAAUUUUAUAUCAACUAUUUUUUUAUGAAAUGGCAGUAAGGGUUUUAGUGGUAACAUUGUAGAUUUUCUUUUCAAUGUUAAAAUGUGUACCUUCAAUUUUUACCUCUGUGGUUUUGGGAAAGGAUAAUAUUGUGUUCAUUGAGGAGUGUGUUUUUUUUUUUUUUUUUUUGAACAUGUAUGUUCUUUUGUAUCUUCUGUUGGGGGAAAAAUAAACCAGUUAUAUUAAUCUGCAUGAAAUGCAUUCUUUUAGCAAUACAUAUUUUGAUGUCAGGAGAGUUUGGCUAAAACAUUCCAAAGGCUACAUGAGGGACCCGUUUGUAACUUGGAUAUUU